CACUCCGGCCAUGGCCUAGCGGCGGCGGCCGGGCCGCAAGAUGAGUUUCCCGGCGGAGGACGGCGUGGGCAGCCUCUGCCACAAGGCGCUGCAGAUCAUCUCGGAGCUGUGCCUGGGCGGGCAGGUGGAGCGGGAGAAGUGCGCCGGCAUCUUCCCCCUGGAGAGCGCCCGGCAGGGCAUCGGCGGCACAGAUGUCUCAGUCAGUCUCUUAGCAGUGGUUGUCAGCUUCUGCGGGCUCGCCCUGCUGGUGGUCUCGCUUUUUGUCUUUUGGAAGCUGUGCUGGCCCUGCUGGAGGAGCAAACCCCUCACCUCCAGCGCCAGCAAUGUCCCACAGAGCAACUCCAGCGCUCCCACGGAGGUUUUGGAGAACAGCGAGAAAAAGGAAGUCAAAGAAAAUGGGAAAGCAACGACCAAGGUGCUCGAGGCAGCGCUGAAGAUCAGCCACACUUCCCCUGAUAUCCCAGCAGAGGUGCAGAACGCGCUGAAGGAGCACCUGAUCAGACAUGCCAGGAUGCAGAGGCAGAUCACAGAGCCCACGUCCUCAUCGAGGCACAAUUCCUUCAGGAGGCACUUGCCAAGGCAGAUGCAGGUGUCCAGUGUUGAUUUUAACAUGGGGACAGACCCAGUUUUGCAGAGGGGAGAGACCACAACCAGCAUUGGGAGAAUAAAACCAGAACUCUACAAACAGAAGUCUGUGGAUUCUGAUGGGCAACAGGAAGAUGUGAAAACAUGUGGGAAACUAAACUUCACUCUCCGGUACGAUUAUGAGAAUGAACUUCUGGCUGUCACAAUUGUCAAAGCCUUAGAUCUGCCUGCUAAAGACUUCACAGGAACAUCCGACCCCUACGUGAAGAUUUAUCUGCUUCCAGAUAGGAAAAAGAAGUUUCAGACACGAGUUCACAGAAAGACAUUAAAUCCAGUCUUUGAUGAAACCUUUCAGUUUCCUGUAGCCUAUGAUCAACUCAGCAACAGGAAAUUGCAUUUCAGUGUUUAUGAUUUUGACAGAUUUUCUAGACAUGACAUGAUUGGGGAAGUUAUUCUUGAUAACCUUUUUGAAGUCUCAGAUCUCUCCAGGGAAGCCAAUGUAUGGAAAGACAUCCACUGUGCCACCACAGAAAGCAUAGAUUUGGGUGAGAUCAUGUUUUCCCUUUGUUAUUUGCCUACUGCUGGGAGAAUGACUUUGACAGUCAUCAAAUGUCGGAAUCUCAAAGCAAUGGAUAUAACUGGUGCAUCAGAUCCGUACGUCAAAGUGUCGCUGAUGUGCGAGGGACGGAGGCUGAAAAAGAGGAAAACAACCACGAAGAAGAACACACUGAAUCCUGUUUAUAAUGAGGCCAUCAUCUUUGAUAUCCCUCCAGAGAACGUGGACCAGGUCAGCCUCUCCAUUGCAGUGAUGGAUUAUGACAGAGUAGGGCACAAUGAGGUCAUUGGAGUGUGCCGGACAGGAAUUGAUGCCGAAGGCCUUGGAAGAGAUCACUGGAAUGAAAUGUUGGCUUACCCACGUAAACCAAUAACUCACUGGCACCCACUACUAGAGCUACCUGGCCGAGCAACCAGUUUUGACAGCCAGGGAUCCUGUUCCUCACCCAAACCACCGCUCACGCCCUAGGAACCAGAAUGGAUCCAUCCUGCUCAGUGUCCAGAGCUCCCCCCUAGCUCACAUCUACAUCAACGGAAGGUUUGCAUUCUGCAGAUGAACUGUUUUUAACAGCAUGAAGGAAACCAGGAGCUAGAAAUCUAAGAGAAAGUGAAGCUGCAGGUGGGAUUUGAAUUUCACAGGGCAAUCUGGUCAGGAAAAUGGAACUAACACCUUCAAUCUUGUGCUGAGUGCUAAGGGAUGCUUGAUGAUAGCAGGUGCUCAGGGCUGUGAUUUGAUGUUUUAUCUGAUAGCACCUCUACAAUGUUGCUGUUGCUGGGAAACCUCUUUGCAGGCUCAGAGAGGAGAAUGCCUCUGCUAUUGCCACGUGAAUUUUUUUUUCCACCCAAGUGUAGACUGUGAUUCUUGUGUUCCAUGGGGCCCAGUCCCCUGGAAGGGCACAAAGCAUGUUAAAUUUGCAGAACAGGAAAAAUCAAUUUGGGACUGUGCCAUCAUGGGGACUAGUCACUUUGUUGGUAUUAAAGACAAGUGUUUGUGCCUUGCUGAUCCAAGGGAGGACAUUUCUUACAGCACUCUGUGGCUGAGCCAUGCUGAUGCUAUUGAAGAUCCUCAGUACCAACAUUGUCAAAAUAUAACCAAUACAUAUAAAUACAGCUUAAAUAGGUGGCCAGAACACCAAAGCUCCCUCCUGUGGAAAAGGAAUGAUGGCUCCCUGAAAAAUAAAUCAAGGCAGUAUGUUCUGGAAGUUGGAUCUGCAGGUAGUCACAGAGCUGCUGUGAUGAAAGUGGAGCUGCUCUGUAAUAAUUUAUGAAUACAAUAUGUUGAGUUGACUAUUGGUCCUGAGCUAGAUGAGUUCAAAAAAAUCUACUUUAGGGAAAAACAGGCAGAAAAUGUUUGACAGGAGAGUGUCUCUCAGGAGCAAAUGAGUUGUAUAAAAUGUUAAUGUCCAUCUUGGUGGCCUGGGAGAGUCUGCUGAUGCUAUAGCCAGUCUGAAAAAUGCAUCUCAUCUAAAAUGAGAAAUCCCAAGCAGGCAUAGGGAAAAAGGCACAGGAAAGAUCAGAGCACACAAGAUUUAUGUCUGAGCAGGCUGGGGAUGCAAGAUGGUAUUGUGGUUCACAGAGAAAAAAGGCUUGGUUGCUCUCCCAUGAAUGGGUGGGAAAGCUUGAGACAGAACAAAUAUGCAUAUAGGCUGUUAUUUUCAAUUCCAUUUAUUUGAAAUAUUUAAGUUUGCAUAUUUAAGAUUAAAUAUUUAAAUAGCAUUCCAUUUUUAAUGAAGUGGAGUACUCACAGGCUCUCUAAAAGAAAAGCUGCACAUCCAUUCAGACUGCCUGCGUUGGCACAGCUAAGUCAGACACAGUGUCCCAAAGCCCAGCAAAAAUUAAAGAAUUGUGAAAUUCUGCCUCUCCCCUAGAGAGGUGAAGUCAGGAAGCCUGACAUAAAAAAAGGACUGAAGACAGACCAAGAAAAGGAUGAGGGCAGGGCUGUUUCAUCACAACUUUAGGGUACGCAAAGCCAUUGAUUAGGAAAGAGUGCCAGAAACAUGUUUUCAUGGCAGCAACCUGCCUUUUAUACAAAUUUCCUCUCUUUCAAAAUACAAGCAUUUAAGUGUCUUUGAGAGAUUGCUUUUAAACAGUUCAGGACAUUUUCAUACCUUACAAAUUCAAGACCCUGAAGUAAAGUAAAUCCAUGCGUCCAUCCAUGAGGAAAAUAAAGUAAAAUUUAAACAAGAGUGGGGAAUAAAAACUUUCUGAACAAUAAAUAAAGCUCUAGAACAUGCUCAAAACUGCUUUCCUGUGUAGAAUAAUGGUAUAGAUAUAAGACCUAAUACUCUGGGACCUCUUAGUUUAAAAAGGAAAGAUGUGCUUCUGAUUGUAAAGCAAUAUUUUCCUGCAGGUAUAGAAUUCCUAGUUGCCGGGCCCUGUGUUAUUUCAAAUAUCAGAAAUGUUCCAAGAAAUAUUCAUCAACAUCACAGAUUGGGAUUUUAGGCACUUAAGAUUAGCACUGACAAAAAGGAAUCUGGGGGGUUUUUUUGGGACACUUUCUAGGUUAAUUUCAGGAGAAAUUGCAGGCUGUUGGAUGUUUUUGUGAAGCAGAUACAUUUCCAUAAAUGUAGUCUGCAAGAGGAGAGAGAAAAAGGGUCAAGUUGCUUUUUUUCAAUAUGCUAUGAGUUGAGACUGAUAAUAGGAUCAAAAAGUGAAGAGGACUGAACAAGAAGAUAUUUAAAAUUUUGUUAUGACAUCUGAGCCAUAACAGGAGACAAGAGAGGACAGGAAAAGCCUAUAGAGUAAGAAGAGAACUAUCUGGAAAAUUAAACAAACAAACAAAACAAACAAACAAACAGAACCUCCAGAAAGCAAAAAAACCUGUUAAAAGGCAAAGGGGAAAAUAUAAAAAGGGGUUGAAGACUCUGUUCAAUAGAGAAAAAUAUAUGAGUAACAAAUAUUCCAAACAGAAAGAGAUUUUUGACGUGAUUCUCCACUUCAUAUCUUAUGCAGCCAUUUGCAAGCUCACAAGGGUAGUAGGAGCCAAUUUCAGAACCUGAGUCUGAUUUUAAAAUAAAAACAACCCUCUGCCCCACAGAUCUUGCUCUCAGAGGAUUCACAGAGCAAAGAGCACUGGUAGUUGCUCAUGGCACAUCCUAUCCACCUGGUCUUCUUCUAGCAGGACAGUUGAGGCAAAAAAGGACAUUUCCCACAUGUGCUCUGACACAUUCCUCUCUGGAUGCUGUCAGGGCCUCCUAUUUAUUUGCACCUGACAUAGGUUGGAAGCUCUCCAACAGGUGAAAAAACAUUUUUAUAUAAUGUCACCUCUUCACAUGAUCAAAGCUCCUGACAAAGAGUGCUUGAAUAACCAAUAGGAAACAGCUCUGGAAAUGCUGCUGUGGUACACAAAGUACUGGUUUUGUUCUCAACUCAAGCCUCAACUAAUACCACAAAAUGGUGGAGAAGUCAUUGGGCUGCCGCAGGUGCUAAUUCUCUGAUGACUCAAAAAUAUGAAGUCAUAAUUAUGGUGUAUUUCUCCCUUAAUAUCCCACAGGUCUUUGUGCAUGAAUAGGGUCCUGGAACUGAGGUUUCAGCCAAAUUCUGUCUCCUCCUGUUCUUCCUAUUCAUGGAGGUUCAGCAGAAUAAUGAAUUCUUAUUCCUUUGUCCCAGACUGUCACAGAGUAGUGGGUGUACUGUGAAUGUUUCACCCUGGGAGUGGCUGCCUCUUAUUAAAAAUCAGAGUGAUCAACAGAGGACCAUUACUUCCCUCACCACGGUUUUCUGAGGCUUAAUUGUGUAAUAAUAGCUAUGAGGGAAAUGACUGCAUAGCUGAACAAGACAGAGAAUUGCCAGCUGUAAUUAUUUUUGUCAAAUGGGUAUGUGUGGAUGGGUGUGUCUUUCUUCUCCAUAUAAAUGGAGAUUUGGCUACCACAGAAAAUGAAAAAGGAGACUUUGGGGACUCUCCAAAGAGCAUGUCACACUCUUACAUCUACUCCUUUCAAGCCUCAUGUAUUAUAAGUGUUUAAUGAUCUUAAUUACCCUUAUAGCACAAGAACCUGAUUAAUUUAUUUAAAGCUACAACCUUUUCAGUUCUUAGUCCACAAAGGUAACUUUGGGCUAUGGAAUCAGAGUCACUAAUGAGAAAGUGUAGCUUUAUCUCAGCCAGGAGCCGAAAUCUGCGCAGCUGGACCUUUUCUGUGUUCCUCUGGAAGGGAGCCUGGCACUAUUGCACUUUAGCUACUUGCCAGUAGCAGACAAACAGUUGUAGGUCACAGCCAGGUUUCAGAGAAGCUCUGGGGAUUAACCCCUAAAAUCCUGGCUCUUAUUCUCCUGCCCACCAGGCACAGGGCAGUCCAUGAAGUCAAAGACCAGUUCUACCCAAAGGGGGCUUGAUGAUGAGCAAUCUGUGCUGAGAAAAGAGAUUUCAUUCAAAUUAUAUCAACAUAGCUUUUAAAUUUUUCUUUCCUUUUUUUUUUUUCAUGCAGUGUUGUUAAAAAUUGACUUUUUCUCUCAAGAUAGAACAUUUUUGUUUAAUCUCUAGCAGGGCAAAAAAUGGUACUAGAGUACCAAUCUACUCAUGCACUGAAAAUAAUGCUGAUGCAAAAAAAAGAAGUAAAAAAGCCUUUCAGCAAAAAAUAUCUGUGGCAACAAAAUAUAAAGAUGCUGCCAAAAAGGCAUAUUCCCUUAUAUGUGACUUUUUCUGACUAGAAUUAGAAUAUUCCACCUCCAUUUUUGGGCUGAAGAAAAACACAAAAUGGUAAAUGUAUCUAAUGUAGUUUUAAUAGUUAUUGGAAUAAUAUAGCACAAUAAAAGUGAUUUAAUUCAGCCUCUUAAGGUGUAAGUAUUAACAAUACACAUUUAUUUAUAUAUUUUGGAUUGCUAAAAAAUCCAUUUAUCACCCUAUUCCAAAUAUACAAGAAUUCUAGCAUGCUUUCAAAAGGAGCUUUCUUUUGGGCUAAUCACUUGCUACUUUAUACGCCAAUAGUUCUUGUAUUGAUUAAAACAAAAAUAUUUUCUUAAUAUCAUGACAAUAGAGCAUUAAAUGGAUCCAGCAAAGUCACUCUGUAGGUCUUUUUAAUAUGUAAUUUCCUCUGAGAGCACUUUUUACUUGGCCAGCCCAACACUGAAAUCCAGCAGGACCACUGCUGUUGAUUUUGGUGCACUCCGCAUCAGGUCACAUGUGAGGAUGUGCCAAAGCAUCCAAAGAAAUGAGGCCAGUCUCAAGGCAAGCAGAAUGAUUUCUCUUAUAUCCACCAUGGAUUUUUGUCACUUUCUGACAGCUCAGACUAUAUUAGAAGUCUUCAGCACAUCCCUGGGGUAUGAGCUACUAUUGCAAAUGCUGAUUUUACUAAUACAGGUAGGAAAGAUGAGCCUCAGCUGCCUGACUUGGUAAAUAAAAAUGUCUGCUGUAUGUAGUCAGACAUGGAGGUGAUGUGUUUUUACAGAUUUUUAAUUUAAUGGUGGCCUGCAGGUUUCCACAAAAUGCCAUUUUGUUCUGAAGCUCAGAGGGUGUGUGUAUAGAGUAAACUUUGAUAUGGAAUUUUUAGAUAGUCCUGUUGCACAUCAGAUAUAAAGCACUUCUUUUCAGUCUAUAUUUCUAUGGAAAAAAUAUUGAACAAAGUUUAAUUUUGUUAAAUAAAUAGAAAACUAUUUCUCAAUAGAAGAAAAAAGCCUAGAUAUAUAUUUAGUACUGUCCCUCGUUUCUUUUUCUUCCAAGUGUAGGUCUAAAUUCUUUCUAUGCUUCUCUAUUUAGGUUUCUGUAGGAUAUGUUGGACUUAAAUGAACAUGUCUAAGGAUGGUAUAUGGGUUGUUCUAUAUCCUAGAAGUUGGCAAGCUGAUUUGGAGAGGCACUUCUGACUUGUGCUUUCUCCACCUUCUGGGGGAGAUCACGAGGGUGCUUGUUGAGAAAACUAUGUGAAAUAUAGUGUUAACAAUAUGAACCUGUUAACCUCAGCUCCCUCCAUGGCAGCACAGCCCUGCUGGCUGGGAUGGGAGCCAGAUGGCAUCUCCUGCUUGCCCUGCUCUGCCCAGCGCCCACCAUCCCGGGCAGCAGGACUGCAGCAUCACUCCUCUGAACCAACCAGGUGCUCCUCCAGCCCCCAGCCACAAGGGGAGUCCCAAAAAUUCUCUCCUUCCUUCCCAUGAGCUUGUAGUCCAUGCUGCAUUCGAUCUGACUGGCUUCAGCGGGCUCCUCAUGAGCGCUGAACCGGGGUGGGGAGAAGAGAAAUCAGCCACAUCUCUGCUUCAGCACAGAACAUCCUCUUUUCCUGGAUAUGCUUGUUUGUGGGGAAGGCAUUCUCCAGAGUGUGUGCUUCAAAAGGUAGGAAGUUAAAGUGGAGUUCCUGGCCACAGGAAACAUUGACAGCUAAAAAAACCCCACUUUGUAUUUAAACACUUAAUAUCUUGAUAUCUUAAAUGAAAGGACCCAACACAAUGUCUGUCAGGAUUUGCUGUGACAGUGAGGGCUCUGGAUUUAGGCCCUAACUGGCCCAAACUCUAACAGAACUCCCUACCUUUAAAAUAAUCUUUAUGAUUAGAUCAGAAAUGUUGCCAAGUCUAUGUAGCUUACAAAGAACUGCAGAGUUCUUCUAAGAUUUUGUCUCUUCUUGCUAUGUGGUGUUGGCUGACCAAGAUCUACUAUUAAAUACCUGACUGUUUUAGUACCCUUUAUUCAGUGUUCAUGAUGUGACUUUUUAAAUGAAGUCUGUGAUUUGAUACCUAGACAUUGUUCAAGUCAAUAUCCUUGGCUUCUGCGUUAUAGAGACAAGAAAACAAAACUUUUUGACCUUGUGUUACUGGCUUUUUGUAUGCGCUAAAUGGCCAUUUGUGAAACUUGACAACAUAAAUUGUACUACUGAUAGUAAAUAGGUUUUUUUGCACUAGCCUUUGAGAGCUGUAACACAUUUCAGUAUUUUUACAAUGUAUUCUCUAGAAAGUGUGAAUCUAUUUGUCAGUUCUGAAAAAAAAUAUGUAACAAUGAAACCUCAAAAAUGUUAUGAAGUGUACAGUUUGUGAUAAUUUUAUAUUUUAAAAAGAUGAGAAAAAUCAAAGAGUUCAUUUGAAAUAAUUUUAUUCUAAUUGUUUCAUAUGUAUUUUGAACAAGAA